AUGGCUGAGGCUCAAGAUCCUUUCCCUUUCCCGUCUAAUCUUCAUGUUACCAGUUCAGUUACAAUUAAGCUUAAUGAUUCCAAUUAUCUACUCUGGAAAACCCAAUUCGAAUCUCUUCUCCGUAGCCAGAAGCUUCUUGGCUUUGUUACCGGUCAAACUCCACCUCCGCCGGCCACUGUUCUCAUCACAGUCAACAAUGAGCAAGUCCACCAACCUAAUCCGGUUUUUGAAGCUUGGCAAUGUACUGAUCAACUUAUUCUCUCAUGGCUGUUUGGUACUCUAACAGAGGAAGUCUUGGGUUAUGUUCAUGCUUUAUCAACCUCUCACGAGGUCUGGAUGGCUCUUGCUGACAAUUUCAAUAAGAGUUCUGUUGCUAGAGAGUUUGAUUUGCGUAGACGUCUACAGCAACUCUCUAUUAAAGGUUCAAACUUUCUCACUUACAAUCGAGAGUUUCGUUCGAUCUGUGACCAAUUGAGCUCCAUUGGAAAGCCAGUUGAUGAGUCGAUGAAGAUUUUUACUUUUCUGAACGGUUUGGGUCGUGAGUAUGAUCCGAUCUCCACUGUCAUCCAGAGUUCUAUGUCUCGUUUCCCACCACCGACGUUCAAUGAUGUCGUCUCUGAUGUCUCUGGUUUUGAUCACCGGCUUCAAUCUUAUGAUGUUUCAACGGACGUGUCGCCGCAUAUGGCUUUUCAAACACAACGCUUUGGACCUUCUCAACGAGGUCGUGGUGGUUCUUACUCUCGGUUUGGAAACAGUCGUGGUCGUGGUAGUGGUUUUUCAACCCGGGGUCGAGGUUUCACGCAGCAGGUCAAUCAAUCUGGAACACAAUCUAAUGAACUACCUGUGUGUCAGAUUUGUGGUCGAAAAGGACAUGUUGCACUUAGAUGUUGGAACCGCUUUGAUGUCUCCUAUCAGAGUCAAGAUGUACCACAAGCUCUAGCUGCUAUCCAUACGUCUGAUAAUUCAGGAAGAGAAUGGUUUCCUGAUUCUGGUGCCUCUGCUCAUAUUACUUCAACAACAACUCAACUCAAAGAUGCAGAGCCUUAUUCUGGUUCUGAAACAGUAAUGGUUGCACAUGGUGCAUAUCUUCCCAUUACUCAUGUUGGUUCCACUGUCCUUAACACUACCACAGGUAGUAUACCUCUCAAUGACGUUCUUGUGUGUCCUACAAUGCAAAAGUCUUUAUUGUCUGUCUCCAAAUUAUGUGAAGAUUAUCCUUGUGGGGUUUUCUUUGAUGCUAAUAUUGUGUAUGUUAUCGAUUUACAAUCUCAGAAGGUGGUGACAAAAGGACCACGUCGUGAUGGUCUUUAUGUGUUGGAGAGUCCGGAGUUUGUAGCUUUUUACUCAAAUCGGCAGUGUGCAGCUAGUGAUAUGGUGUGGCACAGACGUCUUGGACAUGCAAACUUUCAGAUUCUUCAACUUCUCCAAGGAAGCAAGGCGAUCUCAGUUAAUAAAAGUAUGACUGUUUCUGUUUGUGAACAUUGUCAAAUGGGAAAGAGUACUCAACUUCCUUUCUCAUCAUCAGAACCGAGUGUUUUGGAACCCCAUGCUCGUAUCCACUGUGAUCUUUGGGGUCCAUCUCCAGUUGUCUCGGUUCAAGGUUUUAAAUAUUAUGUGGUUUUUGUGGAUAAUUACUCACGGUAUUCAUGGCUGUUUCCUCUUAAAAUGAAGUCUGAUUUUGUGGAUGUGUUUAUUGCCUUUCAAAAACAAGUUGAAAACCAGUUUGGAAAAAAAAUAAAGACAUUUCAGAGUGAUGGUGGAGGAGAGUUUGUUAAUACUCGGUUUCGAAAUCAUCUUCAACAGCAUGGCAUCACACAUCUCUUAUCAUGCCCGGCCACUCCUCAGCAGAAUGGGAUUUCUGAAAGGAAACAUCGUCAUCUAACGGAGCUGAGUCUUUCUAUGUUAUACACAAGCAAGACCCCUUUGAAGUUCUGGGUGGAAGCGUAUUACUCUGCGAAUUACAUCAGUAAUUUGCUUCCCUCUCCUUCUUUGAAUAACAAAAGUCCACAUGAGCUUAUUUUUAACAAAGUCCCUUCUUAUAUCUCCGGGUUUUUGGAUCGGCAUGUUAUCCCUGCCUUCGAUCUUAUGGUCAACACAAAUUUGAGCCCCGGUCGUGUUUAUAUUAGCCGCCAUGUGAUCUUCGACGAGUUGUGUUUUCCCUUUAGUGACAGAUACAAGGAAUUCACCACUCGUCAUACAACAGGGUUGUUACAUGCAUGGCAAUCGACAGAAUCUUCUGUCUCUCUCCCAUGUGAACUCCCAACGAUUCCACGACAAGUUGUAGAAUACCCUCAACAAGAACAUAACUCGACUCCUCCCAGUCCUAAUCACGAGAAUGACUCUCCAAUUCCCUCGGUUUCUGAGUCUCCUCAAGAAUCACCGGAAGUGAUUCGUGCAGCUCACGAUGAGCCUAUGUUGAGACCAGUGCAUACAGAGGCUUCUGCUCCCACUGCUCGCACACAUCCUAUGACUACGCGGUCCCGAGCAGGAAUUCGUAAGCUUAAUCCCCGGUAUGCUCUUGCUGCGAGCAAAACAAUUCCAUCCUUGCCAAAAUCUGUUGCUGAAGCCCUGAAUCAUCCUGGCUGGCGUCAGGCAAUGCUUGAAGAACUGGAAACCAUAUAUCAAAGUCAUACUUGGGAUCUCGUUGAAGCUACAGAAGCGAUGAAUAUUUUAGGAAGUCGUUGGGUGUUCACAGUAAAACUAAAAGCUGAUGGUUCUCUGGAUCGACUUCGAGCACGUCUUGUGGCCAAGGGCUUUGAUCAGGAAGAAGGUGUUGAUUUCACAGAAACAUACAGUCCUAUAGUUCGUACAUCUACUAUACGUGUUGUUCUAUCCGUGGCUGCUGCAAAAGGAUGGGACAUUACUCAACUUGAUGUGAAAAAUGCGUUCCUUCAUGGUGACCUGAAUGAAGAAGUUUUCAUGCUACAACCGCCUGGCUUUGAAGAUAUUACUAAGCCAAAUCAUGUUUGCUCUCUUAAGAAGGCAAUUUAUGGUCUCAAACAAGCUCCUCGUGCUUGGUUUGAGAAAUUUAGUAAUUUCUUACUUGAGUUUGGAUUUAUUUGCAGUAAAGCAGAUCCAUCUCUAUUCAUCUAUCAUCACAAUGGUGAUACGAUGGUAUUGUUGCUCUAUGUGGAUGAUAUUUUGCUGACUGGCUCUAAUCCGGCUCUGUUUCGAUCUCUCAUCUCUAAUCUCAGCAGUCAGUUUGCCAUGAAAGACUUAGGGGAUCUUCAUUACUUCUUGGGGAUUCAAGUUCACAACUACUCCCAUGGUCUGUUUCUUUUACAAGAAAACUAUAUUGAAGAGAUACUUCAGCUUGCAAACAUGUCUAUGUGUAAUCCUACACACACGCCAUUGCCUCUGCGUCUUGAUCAGACCUUUAAGGACACCAAACCGUUUCCCGAGCCUUCUUAUUUCCGGAGUCUUGCAGGAAAACUCCAGUAUCUCACAAUCACCAGGCCAGACAUUCAAUUUGCUGUCAAUUUUAUCUGCCAGCGGAUGCAUUCGCCGACAGAAUCUGAUUUCACUUUGUUAAAGCGUGUUCUUCGCUAUCUUCGUGGAACCUCUGCAAUGGGAUUACACAUCUCCAAAACCAGUGACUUGUCUCUCCUCUCAUACAGCGAUAGUGAUUGGGCAGGCUGUAAGGAUACCAGACGUUCAACCACUGGUUUCUGUGUGCUUCUCGGUUCCAAUGUGAUCUCAUGGUCUGCAAAGCGGCAGCCUACAGUUUCUCGAUCAUCAACAGAAGCUGAAUACAGAGCUCUGGCUACGACUGCUUCAGAGUUAGCUUGGAUCUCGGCUGUUCUCUGUGAUCUUCGAGUUCCACAACAUCAACCUGCUGUUCUAAGGUGUGACAACCUAUCUGCUGUUCAUCUCUCAGCCAAUCCAGUUCUACAUAAUCGGUCUAAACACAUUGAUGUUGACUAUCAUUACGUGCGUGAACGUGUUGCUCUUGGUCUCCUAGAGAUUCAAUAUAUCUCUGCAGCUUAUCAACUUGCUGACAUUUUCACCAAGUCUCUUCCCCGACGUGUGUUCCAAGAUCUUCGAAGCAAACUAAAUGUUGGUGUUUCACCCACCUUUAGUUUGAGGGGGGAUGAAAGUAUAUCAAGUAACGAGAAGAGGAUUAAUGUGGGCUUAAGUAAUAACACAAUUUCACAAAGCCCAAGUGAUCUACGAAGCCCAUGUCUACAGCAGCAGAAGGAUCUCGAUAAACAUGAGAGUCUUCUCCAACACACCAAAACAGAGAGAGCGGGAGCAGAGAUUGUAUUACACAAUCAAUACAAUUCACUGUUGUCGUUGUAG